UGUAGCGCCUCCUUGUUAUGGGAUAACCGGAAAUUGUUAGUAAAUAACAUAGACAAGUACAUGAAGUUUCCACCAUUUACAAACGCAGACGUUAUCAGGAGACUGAACCCUGACGCCAAAAUAAUUAUCAUGCUCAGAAAUCCCGUAUCAAGGUUGUAUUCGGAGUAUUUGUAUUUUCGAGAGGAUGGACAGAGCGUGGAAGAGUUUCAUAAUAGAGUAGUGUCAGCGUUAUAUAAUAUGAACGACUGUUUCCGAAAAUACAGCGUUCGUUACUGUAUAUAUUUUAUGGGAACAGGGCCACGACUUCAAAUUGGAUUUUAUCAUAUUUACAUAGAAGAUUUUUUCCGGGCAUUUCCACGUGAGCAAGUUAAAAUUUUAAAGCUCGAGAAUUAUUCGCAACAAAUAAAUGACACCAUGAUUGAUGUUUACAGAUUUCUAGGUCUCGAUAAACCACCCGACGAAGCUAUGACCAGAAUCGAAAAUAAAAGACAGGCAAAUGAACGGGACACGGAGGACAAACAAACUGGCGAUAUGUUACCAAAGACACGACACAUGCUUGCUGAAUUUUAUAAACCGUGGAAUGAGAAACUUGUACAAUUGAUAGGGGAAGAAUUCAGAUAUUAAUUAUAUGUGUAAACUUCUUAUGUGAAAUUCUUCAAAAUCGAUCCGUGAAUGAAAUAUGAUGAAUCAUGAAAAUAAUGUUUUGAAGUUUCACAUGCUAGUAUUAUAAUGUUGUAUUACAUACGAAUUCUAAGUGUUAUAGCUCACUCAGGAAGAAAAUUGUCUGAUGCAGAACUGCUCGGACAUUUUGAGGAGUGAAUCACACGGCAGAGAAGAUUGACAAAAUUAAUGAUAAUUUAUGCUUGUUUCUGUAUUGCUAUACAGUGCAACAUCUACAGACCGACAUUCUAUGCGACAAUAACAUGUUUAAACAACAGUUACAUUUUCUCCAAAGUAAGACGUCGUCAUAUAUUUGAGCCACGUCACGACAAAACCAACAUAGUGGGUUUGCGACCAGCAUGGAUCCAGACCAGCCUGCGCAUCCGCGCAGUCUGAUCAGGACCCAUGCUGUUCGCUAUCAGUUUCUCUACUUGUAAUAGAGUUGGUAAGCGAACAGCAUGGAUCCUUAUCAGACUGCGCGGAU